AUGCAAACUCAAUUGAGUACCCUGCAAGAAUCUGUGGACCAUCAAAAUUCAUACCUUCAAGCACUCCACAGAUCCCUUGACGACGUUGACAAUAGGGUGUUCCGAAAUAAUUUGAGAAUUUGCAGCCUCCCAGAAAACGAACAAGAAGAUAUUUACACAACGCUGUGUGAACGCUAUAGUUUGAUACUGGACAAGCCCUUGGACAACUCCAUACCCCUGGACAGAGCUCAUAGGGCGUUGAAACCCACGGGCACAGUGUCCGACAAGCCCAAGGAUGUUAUCUGA